AUGGAGGCCGAGCAGAAGGAUCGGGACCGCAGUGCCGAGCUCGAACUGCAUAUACGGAGGCUUGAGAUCGAGGCUGACAAAGCUGUGCGCCUCAGACGCCUUGAGCUGGAGGCCGAAGGCCGCCUCCCCAGUCCUACUCAACGCCCGGGCGUCGCUGCACCUGCCACAGCCCUCUCCCCAGCUGUUCAUGACUCUCUUGACCCUGAUCGUCCCCGCUCUCCUGGAACCUCCACAAGGGACAGAGUCUGCUUCUACUGCCGCGAGCCCGGACACGUAAUCGCAGACUGCCCUACUCUCAGACAAAAGGAAGAGUGUUCAGCUCCAAACGUUCAGAGCAUUGGGUUAAUUCAAUCUGGCCUAGUAUCACUGAAUGGCGAAGCACCAGAUCAACGCCCCAUCCGUAUCCUACGAGACACUGGCGGUUCCCAGAGCUUGAUUUUGGCCAGUGCUCUCCCGUUUUCAUACCGCUCUUACUGUGGUUACAGGAGUGUGUUACGGGGAGUUGAGAUGGGCUACCGCCCGCGGCCCGUUCACUCUGUUCAUGUCCAGUCAAACCUCGUUACAGGAAAGUUUCCGUUAGCUGUUGUCCCUGCGCUACCCAUUGAAAAUGUAGACAUGAUUUUAUGUAAUGAUUUGGCAGGGGGCAUGGUGUUUCCUCCCCUGUUGGAGGCGGUUCUGUCCCCGCUUGUGUGUGCCUCUGAUCGUCAGAUGCCCACGGGUUGUGCUGUGGCGCACACCCGUCCUCCAGAACAGUGCGGUUGUAGUCUGCCCGCCAGUCCAGUGAAACCACGAGUACCGCCGCACUUUACUCCACCCGCCACUUCUGUACGGAAGCACAAGGCUAGGGCCACCAGGCUUGGGUCAGGCGAGCGGCACUUUCAGCACCAUGGAGAGCGUUUUGGCUCUCGCUCUGCAAGUUUCAGUUCGCGGCCUUGA